CUCGAACUAAACCUCCAACAGUUGCUCAUAGUUGCGUCAUCUCUGACCUAUCAAACCAUCAAAGUAACCGUGUUUUUGCGCGCACAUGGCAAAAGUUGCAAUUUAUGUCGCAAGCGUUAAAUAAAUAGUAGUCAAUAAACUGCCACAAAGCAAAUAAUUGUUGUACGAAGCUCUGAGAAUUUUACCAAGACAUCAACAAGGAGUAACGCUUCUCGGAGAUGGCACCAAGAAAUAAGGAAAAUUCGUCGACGAACAGGAAGAAAAAGACAAUUAUUUCGGAGGAAGAGGAUGACGAGGAUUACAGGAGACGCCGUGAUCGAAAUAAUCAGGCGGUAAAGCGUUCGAGAGUGAAGAGCAAAAUGCGAACUCAACAGACGCUGGAACGUGUAAACCAAUUGAAAACCGAGAACGAAUUAUUGGAGGAGAAAAUCAAGAUGCUGACGAAAGAGCUUGGAUUUUUGAAGGAUCUCUUUCUCGCUCACGCAGGCUCUAAUCAACACGCGACGAAUUUGCAAGACGUCGACCUCAACGCUUUGCUCGCUGAAGAACCAAAAAUCGGCGACGACGCAAAGAGUACAACGAAGCUUUAAGAUUCAACCUCCUCCGAAGGUGGAAAAUUCAUGAAACGUACGGGAACCAAAAAAAUGUAAAACAAAGCGUGCGAAGAUCGUUACAAGAGUCAUCCCAUGGAAGAAGAUUAAGAAAAACAAUGGAGAGAGAGAGAGAGAGAGAGCGAGAGAAGAACGCGUCAUUGUUUCGUCCGGUUGAAAGGGCGAGCCGGCCAUCUUGGAAAGAUGCCAGACGCGUGGUGCGACAGUGACGCCCGAAAGGAGAAAUCACAAUCAAAAUGAGAAGAAAAAAACAAAAAUAUAAAACUAAAUGUGUGAGAGAAGCGAGGAAAAUCGAGAUGGACUGAGACACGAAAAUGACGGGAUUGAAAAACGUUGUGACGCGGGGCUCCUCGUGUACACUCUCUUUGAACAAUUCCCCUGUAGCGAUUGCCCCCGAGAAUGAGACUCUUCUGCACUAAAUUUCACUAUUUUUCGUAUGCGUCAUCGCGCACACGUACAAGAAUACGAGAUAACGCAUCGUUAUAGCCACGUGUCUCCGAGAUAAAGCCCGGGCUUCGCAGAGAUACACAUUUUUUUCUCCAUCCUCUACUUUUUAUUCUUCGAAAAUGAUUGCAACGUAGUCGAACGAUUAUUCAGCACUUUGUGCGUGAGUCAACCCAGGGAGAUCGUAUCUUUUUAUUUUCUUUUCAAUUUUUGUUUUUUUCGUUAUCUCCGAAGAGACGAAAAUUGUCUCCGAUCUUCUUUUGAUGAAGGGAAAAAACAAAUCUUGCUUCCUUUCGAACUAAUCGAUUGAAAAUCCUUCGUUCCUGCAAUCCAGCAUUUCCGUCGAGAUCUGCAAUUAUAGUUAUUAUUCAAUAACUCUUCUCCAUUCGUGAACUACGAAGAAUUUUCCUUACCCUAUUCGUAUUAUUUUUAGCUAGUGCUCACUGUACCAACAGAAGAAAGCAAAAAAUUGUUGAUAUCCAAGGGAAUCGUGCGGAGAAAGGGCGUCACUAACAUUUAGUUACUGCGGAUGAAUAUUUUUAUAUUUGUUAUUACAUUAUUAUUGUAAUUAAUAGUCUCUAUUGUUUUAUACCCGAUAAUAAUUUCGAUCCACGUGUCAUUUUGUAAUACAAUAAAUGAGAGAGAUGAAAAAUGA